GAUUUAAAAAAAAAAUCUAAAUGUGUGUUUUAUUUUCAAUAUUUCUGACAUGCGGCGUUCACGUCCCUGUGAAAAUCUCAGUGCUGCCGCCGAAACGGGGACUAGUUCCAUGGAUGUGAAUUCAUUUUUCCUAUUGUGGUGCAUGAAUUCAUCUUCAACGUGCUCCGGCUGGCGCUGGAAGUAGUUCCGGUGGCUUAUCAGCGGAGCGCAGAUCAGCGGAGAGCCGGGGUCUUCUUCAGAGACUGAGCUCACGUGAAGGAAAGCGGGUCGCGGGCGUCGCGUCGCGAGGACAGUCCAAGUGACCACAGCGGCGGUCGCUGCACGCGUGCUUAGCCGCGUGCCCCCGGAGGACGCAGGGAAAGACAAGCCGCCGCGCGGGAGCUUUUGUCUUCGGAUGGGAUUUUCAGGAGCACAACCAUAGGCGUCUGGAGUACAGAAAAAAUAAAUAAAAAAAGGGAGCCAGUUCACAUCCACGCACGGCGCAGCAGACGUGGCAGCGGCUCAAUGAAGAGCCUGUGAAGAUGCACAAGGGGACGACCCCAACUUUUGCUUCCCCAGAUGCUUUGGCUCAAAGAAAGAUGGAAAGAAAUGGGAAGAGCUUGAGCCCAGUCUGCUGUACAAAAAGCACACAGCCCGUCCUGUGAGCUUCAGAGUGCAACGUUGCUGAGCAGCCUAUCAUCCCUUUAGAGCCCUUAACCGACGAGCACUAUGACUUCUGAGCUGGAGAGCAGCCUCACUUCGAUGGACUGGCUUCCUCAGCUAAGCAUGAGGGCAGCCAUCCAGAAGGUGGAUUUGAGAAACCACCAUGGGCAUCACCAGGGGCACCACCACCACCAUCACGCACACCACCACGGGCACGGGCCUAGCAAAAAAAUGGUACACUUAGACCCAGGAACAACACUGGACCAAGAGGAAGCCGCACAGCACAGAGAUGGCAAACCGCCCUACAGUUACGCCAGCCUCAUCACCUUCGCCAUCAAUGGCUCGCCUCGCAAACGAAUGACGCUUAGUGAGAUCUAUCAGUGGAUCUGUGACAACUUCCCGUACUACAGAGAAGCGGGCAGUGGCUGGAAGAAUUCUAUACGACACAACCUUUCUUUGAACAAGUGUUUUCUUAAAGUGCCUCGCUCCAAGGAUGACCCUGGAAAAGGUUCCUACUGGGCUAUAGACAACAAUCCUAAAGAAGACACUUUACCCAGCAGGCCGAAGAAGAGGCCUCGCUCUGGAGAACGGGCCUCAGCCCCUUAUAGUCUGGAGUCAGAGUCUCUGAGAAUGGACUGCAUCAUGUCUGGUGGGGCGUCACCAACUAUGGCUAUCAAUGCUGCAACUAACAAGGUUGCUCUGUACAACCCAGAGGCGGAAGGCAGCGAGAGUCCUGGGAGUCUGGGUGGCAGCUUGAGCAACAGCCUUUCAGAGCAGAAUUUGGCAUCAGUCAACCUUAACAGCCUCAACAAUGUCGUCAGCAGCGGCAGCAACGUACAGAGCUACCCACCUGUGAGUAGCCACUCAGAGCCGUCAUCCCAAUCUCUGAGCCUCCAGCAGCCCGCCCAGCCUCCACCUCCUCCUCCGCCUCCACAGCCACAGUACGGUUUACCUGUCCCCGUGUCGGGGGACAAGCAGCUCUGUUUCUCUGACUUCGAGGACUUGAGCGCUUCCUUCCGCAGCCUUUACAAGUGUGUCUUUGAGCAGUCCUUUUCACAGCAAGGUUUGAUAAGUAUGUCAUGUAACUCCAGCCAGCCGGCUCGAACUGCCUGCUCCUACCAACACACUCCUGCUGCAGGGAACAGCAACGGAGCCCUCCACCACCAACACAACCACUGCCACUCGCACCACCCUCACCUCUCACUGCAUGCGCAGCACAGCCAGAGCCAGCAGCACUCCGCCCAUUCCCAGCAGCUCUCGUCUCUGUCCCACCAGAGCCACGCAGUCCAGACCUGCCCUGCAACAGGCAUGCCGUCUGACUGGUACCCCAACCUGGAGUGGCUGAAAGAGAGCUGCCGCAUCGCCACCAGCUACAACUGGGCUGACAUAGAUCUUUCCCCAUUUCAGGGUCUGAAGGAGAGCAUGCGACAGGCUGAGCUCAGUAACUGGUCCCUAGAUGCAGACCAGAUGGCUGACCUGUGUUCUUCAAUUAACCAAUUCUUCACAGCCACUGGGAUCAUCCCCCCUCAGGGUGGCUCUCAUCCUCAACCUCAGGUCCAACACUCAACAGCAGCAGCACCGCUGCACUCCGCUCAGCCCCAUGGAGCCAUGCAUCCAAAGUCCAGCCUUCAUAAUCAGCAUGGGCAACAUAACCAACACAUCAGUGCAGGGAACAUGUACAUGGAAUCCAGACAGAACAUUUCUUCUGUGAUGGGACCUCCUGGGUAUCCUCACAUGCGCCUUGUGGCCCCAAACAUGACAGGUCACCCCAGCCAGCUGGGUCGACCCCAACAGAACACGCUGCAGUCUGGACACUUUCAGGUGAGGCACAUGCUCGCAGACGACAUCCAGAACGACUUCGACUGGGACUCCAUAGUCUAAGCCGAACUCCGGUUGAUGCCGAGUGGGACGAGCUUUGGGACAAACACAUUGUUGGGUUUGAAAGUGGCCAACCUGCUCUGAACUCAUCUGCUGGUGUGAAGAAACAGAAGACAAUCCAACAGAAAGUAGGAGGAACAUUUUUUUAAGUCAAGCUGGCCUUUUUUUUUUUUUUUUUUUUUAAAUAUAUAAGUGGCUGAUGAUUUAUGAGACAAUCAUGACAGGAGAGAUGGGACAGGCCUGAUCUGCUUGGGCUGAAGCCCGGAUGACAAACAAUGUCCUCCGUGUCAACAGGGUUUACUUGUCGCCAAGGUGUUGUCCCGUUUGUAAACCGUUUUCCUCUGUUCUUUAGCGAUUUCCCUGCAACAAGUUUGCUGCGUGUCUGCAAAAUGUCUCCACCAUUUUUUCUUUCAUAUGUUCAAAUAUCCAACCUUUCCUCCUUGAAUAUUUUGUUUCUGGAGUACAGGCCCUUUCUAUGCUGCCAUACAGCUCCAAAGCUGCUGAAGUGAUGAGUAGAGCACCACCUGCUGGUGCAAGAGGCACAGUUUUUAUUUCAUGCCCUUAGAAUAGUCCCUCAGUCUCCUUCUUUAAGGAUUUCUUUUGUUUUAGCGGUGGCAUUAAAUUCAAAAAUAUCCUCCCUAUUGUCGUACCACAGUCCCACACGACAGUUUAUCAUGCUAAGUUCUCAGGGUGGAACGGUCAAACACACAUCUUCCUGUUCGUCUGCUUUUACAUGUGAGGUCAACCUGUGAGUGUUGGGAUCCUGUUGGCUAACAUCAAGCACACCUUCAACUGUCUUCAGAUCUAUAAGCUAAGACGCUAAAUACUGGGAAGUGAAGAUGAGAACAAGAUGCCGGCCUGAAAGGUUAGGAGACGUGAUCCAUAUUUCAAACUUCAGCAAGUUCAGGAGAAAAUGCAAAUCAUUUCUGACAAGAACGUCUGUUGGAAGUUAAAGAUGCCACACUUAGGGGGGGAAAAAACAAGCAGUUUUUGCACAGUAACAAACUGAAUGGUGUCUAGUCAAUGAAAAGCGAAGAAAAAGUAAAAAAAAAAAAUCAGUGAUUAUUUUUAUUUCUUUGUUUAAAAAGAAAUUGAAAAAAAAGCUCACCUAGGGAGCAAAGACAAAAUGUUUAAUGUUUUGUUCACUGUGAUGUUAAUUUUGUGUGUGUACAGGUGUGUGUAGUUGUCUCUGAUUUCGUUUAGUGCGCAGCAACAAAACAAAAAAAAUGCACAUGAAUCAAAUUAAUUGCUUUUUAUUUACACUUUAAGCUGCCAUUUUUCAUGGAGUCAAAAGAGGAUCUUUAAAUGCUGUUUGCUUGGAAAAUCUCAGUGAUUAUUCAGGUGGCUCAAAUAAAUCUCACUGAAGAGAAAGAGGAGGAGGGAGAAGGGAAAAAAAAGAAAAUACUUCUUAUUACCAUUUAAUGCUGUAAAACAGUGACCAGCCUGUGUAUAUCCUCUGUGUUUGUGUUGUUGUUCUUGUAAAUAACAGUAAGUUGCGCUUCUGUUUCUCCCCAAAAGCUCAGACUGAUUAAAAAAAAAAAACAAAAAAAAAAAAAAUCAGAAAAUGUAGACGGUAUUUUGUUACUUGCCUUGGAAGAGAUGCAUUGUGUACAUAUUUUCAUUAUAUUGUAAAUAGGUGAUUUUAAAAAAAGACAAUGACAUUUGCAUUUUGUGUGUCAUGAAUAUUAAUGUGUAAGGCGACUUAACGGUUCAAAUCUGUUUAAGUGUUUAUUAAAAUGUCAUGAACCAUUUUUACUGCUCUAAAA